GGACGCCCUCUGGUGGCGGACAGUAAAAUAACACCCAGAUUGUGGAGCRCUGAGCUCCAUCCAUCCUGCCUUCCUCUCCGCUCCUGGAUCCACCGAAAAUAAAAGGCUUCGAGUGAGAGACGGAGCCUCUCGGUUCGGUUCGAGCAAGAUCCACUGACAGCCCUUUUUAAAGGAAUACURGGACACUUCGGAUGCAAAGGCUCAUGUGGCGUUCGAAGCAGCUCUCUGGGAUUGCUGUCAAUCACUGUGGAUUCCUGAGGUCUGUCGCCACAGCAACCCACUCCUCCUCUUGAGCGCCGCUGCCAACUUCCUCCCUCUGCCACACGACGAGCCCCCUCCUCAUCGUCGUCAGCCCUGCCCAAAUCACCAAAUCUGAGCUGGAAUGGACACGGAGUCGACCCACUCUGGCUACUCCAGUCGCUCUGGGAGAUCAAACCGACAUGGCGAUCGAAGCCGCGACCGGCACAAAGCCAGCAGCAGCAAAGACAGCAGCCGCUCAGAGAGAUCUGUGGUCAUCAACCCCCCYGACACGCCGUCGCAGGACUCCCCGGUGCACAACGACGAGCCGCUGCCUGGAGAACCCACGCCUGCAGCAGACCAUGGAGAAGACGCUCAGGAUGACAACUGGGGGGAAACCACCACAGCUGUGACAGGAACUUCAGAGCUCAGUAUUUCUCAGGAGGAGGUUGUCGGCCUCGGGAAGGAGAUCCAGGAUCGAACCCAGGGUUUCUGGCGCUAUCUACCCUUAGCUGUGGGUUCAUGCGUGGGGCUGCUGGUUCUGGCCACCCCGCUGGUCUUCCUGCUUCUUCCAGCCGUGAUGUGGCCCGACAGACUAAAUGCUUGUGGCGCGGCCUGCGAGGGUCUCUUUCUCUCCAUAUCCUUCAAGAUCCUCAUGCUCCUGGUGGCUAUAUGGGCCCUGUUCCUGAGGCCGGGUCGGGCCUGCUUACCCCGGGUGUGUGUGUAUCGUGCCUUCCUCACUACGCUUACACUCCUACUCACCAUGUCUUACUGGCUUUUCUAUGGGGUCCGGAUCCUCGAUGCACAGGAUGAGGAUUACCCCGGUAUCGUUCAGUUUGCUGUGUCCCUGGUGGACUCCCAGCUGUUUGUCCACUACCUGGCGGUGGUGCUGCUGGAACUCCGCCACGUUCGGCCCUGCUACAGCGUUUGUGUGAUCCGCUCCACAGACGGAGAGACACGCCACUACAACAUUGGGCAGCUCAGCAUUCAAAGGGCUGCUUUGUCCAUUUUGGAGUAUUACUACAGAGACUUUCCACUUCACAACCCUGCGCUUUUGUCUGCCUCCAAACACCGGGCUGCCAAACACCUGGCUGGGUUAAAAGUCUACAACGUAGACGCCCCAGGGAGCACGGCGGCUGCUCAGCCCAGCGAUGGAAGUCAGCCGCGGUCUCUGGCUACGCCUGCCACCAAACGCAARGACAAYGCGCACAACGAGCUGUACUAYGAAGAGGCCGACUACGAACGGAGAGUUCGCAAACGCAGAGCACGGUUGGUGGUGGCCGUGGAGGAGGCCUUCACACAUGUCCGGCGCAUGAAGAAAGAGGACGAGAAUGCGACACCGUCUGACAUCAUGGACGUCCACGAGGCCGCUCUGGCUGUAUUUCCCUCCAUGGCUCGAGCCCUGCAGAAAUACCUCCGCACCACCAGGAGGCAGCACUGCCACAGCAUGGAGAGCAUCCAGAAGCACCUCGCCUUUUGUCUUGUUAAUAACAUGAGCCCAAAGGCCUUCCUCGAGACCUACCUCGGUCCUGGUCCGACCCUGCAGUACGGCCCUGAGCGCUGGAUGGCAGAUCAGUGGACUUUGAUCAGCGAGGCCUCUGUCACCAGCGGCGUUAAGGAGGGGACCGAGUUUCUUCUCAAGUGUCUUGACUUCAGCUUAGCCGUCACAGUGAAGGGCAUUCCUUACAUCCGUCUGACCGAGGAGUACAUCGACCCCAAGUCACACAAGUUUAUACUGCUGCUCCAAUCAGAAACCUCCGUUUAGUACCGACACAGUCGAUUGGAACUGUUAAAAGUUUUCUGACUGGGUUUUUUAUUGGGUUUUUUUUAAAGACAAUUUUUUCUACUGUUUUUUGUACUUAUGUGUAGUUUUCUCAUAUAAAGUAUUUUGUCCUCGUAUUGGGAGACUUGAAAGAUCAUUCAUGAUCCAAAAGAAGGUGGAAGGACGCUUGAAUUUCUGCGUGGACGUUUGCAGGGCACAGUUUAGUCAUUCCUCUAUGCACAAACAUCUGUCACCCUUUGUUUGCAUCUGUCUGUGCGGCCUGCUGUGCUGUAGGAAAACGUGGCAUUUAGCACUAAAGUGUGAUUUUGAAAAUGCAAAGCAGUACACGUCAAGUGCUUUUCUUGGAGGUCUACACUGGCGUCUGUUUCAACUAAUUUACCCAGACUACUUUUUUUAUCCUAAUCAUUAUUUAUAAUCAUUCUUUAUUACAGAGGCAUGUACAGUAUUUAUAUGUAAAUACACUUUAUCCCAAGGAUGUUUUUUUAUAACGUCCAAGAUUUUUUACCUUGUGUAUUUAUGCUUCAUUUGAUUGUGUUAUUAAACAUCAUAUAGCCUAAAGAUAUGUUUGAAAAAAAUGUCAAAAACUACUUCCAACCACUAAACUGCUGAAUACUUAAUAGUUACUAAAUUAGGAAGAAAAACUGAAAACACACUGUAACUGAGUGUUUACUUUGUGCAAAUAAUGGACAAUACAUUUUUAUGCAUAAGUGUUUAUUUGCUAUCAGUGACCUUAAAGCACAAUACUAAAGGAUCUUGUUUUAAAACAAAUUUCUGGAUUUGACAUAAAACAUUUAGGACAUUCUUGCAUAAGUCUGUUUAAAAAAAUGAAUAACUUAUAUUCUCAUGCUGGCAGAUGUUUAGGGAAGUGUUAAAAUGAAUAAUUUAGUUUGAACGAACUGAAAUGUUUAUUUUUUUUUUUUUAUUUAAUUUGUAUAUUUUAUUUUUGAUGCUCUACUGCCAUCUACUGGCCAAGACUGAAACAGUUCUCCAAAUACCUGUCGGGAUGUUUGUGUCUGAAGAAGUGAUGUGUGUCACUUUGUCCUUUUUUUUGUGUGUGUGUGUGUGUGCGUGUGUGUGUGUAUUUAUGAGGCUUGUUGUGUUCUACAUUCUGAAAGUAUUUCUGUGWGAGUGUAGUUUUGUUUAUGUCUGUUUAGGAGUGUUGAUGGUUGUAAAUACCUUCUCUUCUUCACUACACUCGUGCCUCAGUUAUACUUCAUCCUUGGCUCAACGUACAUCAAAAACAUGUGUGUGUGCGUGCGUGUAUUUGCUUCAUUGUGGGGACCAUUUUCCAGAAAAACACAGCCUCGUGGGGAUCCAAUGCUCCUGGAGGCUGAUUUUGGGUGGGGGUUAACGUUUAGGACCAAGAUGUGAAUUGAGUUUAGGCUAGAUUUAGGAUCAGGUAUUUACUGGCAUGGUUAGGUUUAGGGUAAAGGGUCAGGGUUAGGCUGUAGAAAUGGUUGGAAAAUGAAUGGAAGUCAAUGCAAGGUCCCCACAGGUUGAAAAACAAACUUAUGUGUGUGUGAGAGAGAACGAGAACAGAGUCUGACUUCCCAAAUCUACUGCAGCUAACCAGCUAUGAGYUCCACACUGUCCCUGUCUUUUUAUACGAAAAAAAAAAUGGAAAAUCACAGCAGCUAUGAAAAACUUUGAAACAAAAAUAAAUGCUUGUAUGACCUUUUA